AUGGCGCACCUAGUGCCUGGAAUUCAGAAUGCGGCAGCACAAGAAGUCAACUUGGAUAAUGCUGGUGAGAAACCCUACUUGUGUGAGGAGUGUGGGUACAGGGCGGCUUACAAGUCUACAUUAUUUGUACAUAUGAGAUCCCAUACAGGAGAAAGACCCUACAAGUGUGACCAGUGUGACUAUUCUGCACAACGGAAAUCCAUUUUGGACAAACAUCUAGCAAAACACACUGGUGAAAAACCCUACAAAUGUGAUCAGUGUGACUAUUCUGCUACAAAGAAAUACUAUUUAGACCAACAUCUAGCAUCACACACGGGUGAGAAACCCUACAUGUGUGGGGAGUGUGGAUACAGGGCAACUCAGAAGUCUCACUUAUCCCAACACUUAAGAAACCAUACAGGAGAGAAACCCUACAAGUGUGACCAGUGUGACUAUUCCGCAGCAUGGAAAUCUUCUUUGAACAAACAUAUGAGAACCCAUACAGGAGAGAAACCCUACAAGUGUGACCAGUGUGACUAUUCUGCUGCACGGAAAUCUCAUUUAGACGAUCAUCUCGCAAAGCACAGUGGUAAGAAACCCUACAAGUGUGGGGAGUGUGGAUACAGGGCAACUGUUAAGUUGACCUUAUAUCGACACAUGAAAACCCACAUGGGAAAAAAACCCUAG